GAAUAACCUUCUCAAUAUCUCAACAUGUACCAGAGAUUGUCGACCAAAUUUAAGGAUCUUUGCUUUUAAUACAUUUUGGCCAUCAAAAUUUGUUUUCCAAAUUAAUAAGUUCCUAUAGAGAAUCAUCCGCAAGAGGUUAAGCAACAUGACACAGCGACUGGCUUUGCAUCACAUCCUGACCACCCAACUGGCCAAAAACUGGGAGCGAGAAGAUUUGGCCAAGGCAAGGCUCGCGAAGCUAAGCGGUCGGAAGGACAAAGUGAAGCCUUCACUAAGAUCGAUCCAUGUGCCGGCUCGCUACAACGCCAUGAUGCCCGACACGCGCAAGACAUACGACAGCAUGGUGGAAAGAAUUCAUCAGACCAUGCAGGAGGUAAGACCCAAACGGAGACCGUUACCAGUAGUGGCAUUGCCUGUUCCUGCGCUUCCGGCUGGAUCUUCCACAGAGGUGCCACCACUGCCAUCCACACUCGUGCCUAAGCAUUAUUCCAAGCCCAUCAGAUCCGGUCGAGUCAAGGGCGGUGCCAGCCAAUCGAAGGCCCAUAGCUCCUGCUCCAGGGGCAACCACAAGCCCUUGGGCUUAAUCCGGGCCGGCUUGAACCUGAAGGUACAGCGAGCAAAAAGUGGAGAUGGAGAAGCCAGAAACCCUAAGGGUUUUGCAGUACAGAAGCACAUGAAUGAGGUCAUCCGGCAGAAGAACGUGCUGGAAUCGAUGCUAAUGCAGCACAAGCGACUCCGCCAAGACCGCCAGACCAUUGUCUUGGACAUGCAGCGGAUGCGUGCGGAUCUAGACAGGAUUUGCAACAAACUGGACCUCUCUCUGAAAGGGUUGAACUCCACGCGCACUCUCUGCAGCGCCGCACCAUCGAUGGUAAAGGAAUCCAUUCAGAAAAAGACUUUGAACACCGCCGGGGUCCGUCCCAAAGCCAAAGCUACUCCCAUUUUGACGAAUAAGAUCCGGAAGAGUGGCACACAGAAGAUGACAACGCCCAGCGUUGUGGUCCGUCGCUCUGGCAUUCUCAAGGCCAAAACCAAUCCCAUUCUUAGGAACCGGUAGCUUUAGCACGCCCAUUAGGCCUUUACGCUCAAUCCACAAAUAACUUUUGCUAGUAAAAUAAAAUUUAAAUUUUAUAAUAUUGAUAAA